GAACCUGAUCCUGAACAUGAACGACCAUGGAUUUGUGGUCUGUGCCUUUAACCGUACGGUGUCCAAAGUGGAUGACUUCCUGGCUAAGGAGGCGAAGGGGACGAAGGUUGUGGGCGCUCGCUCGCUGGAGGAGAUGGUCGCGAUGCUGAAGAAGCCCCGGAGGGUCAUGAUGCUGGUCAAGGCUGGGUCAGCAGUUGACGCCUUCAUCGACAAACUGGUCCCUCUGCUAGAGAAGGGUGACAUCAUCAUCGAUGGAGGAAACUCCGAGUACACAGACUCCAGGAGAAGGUGUGCAGCUCUGAAGGAGAAGGGUCUGCACUUUGUGGGCAGCGGGGUGAGCGGAGGUGAGGAGGGGGCGAGGUACGGACCUUCCCUCAUGCCUGGGGGAUCUCCUGAAGCCUGGCCACACAUCAAGCCAAUCUUCCAGAGUGUUGCAGCCAAAGUUGGCAAAGAGCCUUGCUGUGAUUGGGUUGGUGAGGAUGGUGCGGGCCACUUUGUGAAGAUGGUUCACAACGGGAUAGAGUACGGAGACAUGCAGCUGAUCUGUGAGGCCUAUCAUCUCAUGAAGGAUGUGCUGAAGAUGGACAACGAUGAGAUGAGCCAGGCGUUUACUGAGUGGAACAAGAGUGAGUUGGACUCGUUCCUGAUCGAGAUCUCGGCAAACAUCCUGAAGUUCCGCGAUGACGAUGGGAAACAUCUGCUGGACAAGAUCAGGGAUGCUGCUGGACAGAAAGGAACUGGGAAGUGGACGGCUAUCUCAGCCCUGGACUAUGGCAUGCCAGUCACCCUCAUAGGUGAGGCUGUGUUUGCCCGUUGUCUGUCCUCCCUACAACUGGAGCGUGUGGAAGCCAGCAAACAGCUCCCCGGCCCCAACGCACCCACGUCCAAAAUAGACAAGCCUGCUUUUGUCGAGCAAAUCAGAAAGGCCCUGUAUGCCUCCAAGAUCGUGUCCUACGCGCAGGGCUUCAUGCUUCUCCGCGAGGCAGCGAGACAGUUCAGCUGGAACCUGAACUACGGAGGCAUCGCUCUGAUGUGGAGGGGAGGCUGUAUCAUCAGGAGCCGUUUCCUUGGUAACAUCAAGGAGGCUUUCGACAAGAACCCCAACCUGACCAACCUGCUGCUGGACGACUUCUUCAAGACGGCCAUCGCCGACUGCCAGGAGUCCUGGAGGCAAGUGGUGUCCAUGGCAGUGACAGCAGGAGUGCCUGUCCCAGCCUUCAGCACUGCGCUGGCGUUCUAUGAUGGCUACAGGUCUGCCAGGCUGCCUAGUGCGGCACAUCUGGCCUUGGGUUGCAAAGAAGUAGACGAAGACCACCCAAUGCCAGCCUACAAGAAAAACGUCGUCUUCUGGGACUGUGCCGGAUUUCCUGAUGCCACCGAUAAAGUGUACUCUACGAUCGUCUCACUGGCACUUGACAGUCGCAUACCAUCCGGCACCAACGUGAUCGAAUGCAUGAAUCAAACCCCGGAUGAGCUCAGAAAAAGCGUCAUCCCCAUGUCCAGGUUCUUGCCGUCGUACUUCCAGGUGUAG